AUGGCUCUUCUCACUGAUCUCCAGAACCUGAACCUCUCCGAGAGCACGGAGAAGAUCAUCGCCGAGUACAUAUGGUGAGCUCUCUUCCAUCGUUCGGUGAGAUUCCUUUCCCCGUGAGAUUCCAGAAAUUUUUAAUUGAUUCUCCUGUUUCUUCCCCGCUCGAACAGGAUCGGCGGCUCUGGCUUGGACAUGAGGAGCAAAGCCAGGGUAAGCUUCGCGAAUCUCGCGAGACCACAUUGCUUUGAUCGUCUGAUCGUAUGAGUCUGAUUUAUUGAUCUGGGCAUGAGCAGACUCUCUCCGGACCUGUGGAUGACCCCAGCAAGCUCCCCAAGUGGAACUAUGAUGGCUCCAGCACGGGCCAAGCCCCCGGAGAGGACAGUGAAGUGAUUAUCUAGUAAGUCCCUACCCCUUCUCCCCGGCGUAAAGAUGCGAGCUCUUCAAGGAAAAAAUCUAACCCCUCUCUGCGUGUGAAUGGACAGCCCCCAGGCCAUCUUCAAGGAUCCGUUCAGGAGAGGGAAUAACAUUCUCGUACGUCUUUCUCCUCGCGGCGGACGGUGCUCAUUCGAUCCGUUUCAUCUUUUUCCAAGGAUCUGAGUUGUUUGAUUCGAUCAGGUCAUGUGCGACUGCUACACACCUGCUGGAGAGCCGAUCCCUACCAACAAGAGAUACAGGGCUGCUCAGAUCUUCAGCGACCCCGCGGUUGUCGCUGAGGUGCCCUGGUAAUGCUCCAUGAAUCACAGACAUGUUCUUCCCCGCUACUCUGUCUUCUACCUGGUUCUGACCCCAUGACCAAUCUUGGCGCAAUGACCAGGUAUGGACUGGAGCAGGAGUACACCCUCCUCCAGAAGGACGUCAAGUGGCCCCUCGGCUGGCCCCUGGGUGGUUUCCCUGCUCCACAGGUGAGGUCAUCGCUCAGCUUUCUGGGCCUCUUCAGAUCUCCAUUAGUUUAUCUUCCUCCUCCUAUUGGCCUUUUCUUGAUGCUCUGCUGGAUUGCGACAGGGUCCGUACUACUGCGGAAUAGGUGUGGACAAGGCAUUCGGCCGAGAUAUCGUCGAUGCCCACUACAAGGCCUGUCUUUAUGCCGGAAUCAACAUCAGCGGCAUCAACGGAGAGGUUAUGCCCGGGCAGGUAGGAGCUUCCAGCCGCUGUUCUUCUUCCCUUUCUUCUUCUUUCUCCUCCCAAAACCGUCGGCUCCGUCUCCAGUCUGACGCUUGAGUCCAUCUUCUACAGUGGGAAUUCCAAGUCGGCCCCGCCGUCGGCAUCGCCGCUUCUGAUCAACUGUGGGUUGCCCGCUACAUCUUGGAGGUAACUGAUAAGAAACCCUAGCCGGAUGUCUAAAUUUAGUCUCCCUUCCUGUUCACCGCGCUGACUCUUCUAUCUGCUUUCCUGGAACAGAGGAUCACAGAGGUUGCAGGAGUCGUUCUCUCCUUACACCCCAAACCAAUCAAGGUGAGAUCCCUCUCUCUCUCUCUCUCUCUCUCUCUCUCUCUCUCUCUAAACCGGUUCUGACCUUGAUUGUGGACAGGGAGACUGGAACGGCGCGGGUUGUCACACGAACUACAGGUGAGAUACCAACCAGUUACUACGGAUUUGUUCCCGACUCCGAUGAAUCUUCUGGGAGGAGUGAGCUGACGAGUGCGCAAUCUGUCGCCUACAGCACCAAGACAAUGCGGGAGGAAGGCGGAUACGAAGUGAUCAAGAAGGCCAUCGACAAGCUCGGCCUGAGGCACAAGGAGCACAUCCAGGCAUACGGCGAGGACAACGAGGAACGUCUCACCGGCCGACACGAAACCGCCGACAUCAACACCUUCAAAUGGGUAAUGGCCCCCGACCGUCCUAACCAUUAAAAUGCAGAAGUCAACGGCUAUACUAAGAACCCUAAUUCUUACUUGUCCAAAACAACAGGGAGUUGCGAACAGGGGGGCUUCCAUCCGCGUCGGACGGGACACCGAGAAGGAAGGGAAAGGUAGCCAUUGCGCUUCUUGCCUUGAAAAUACUCGUUGAAUUGAACCAUGCGAUCUGACAUCUUCGUUGUUUCCCUGGCCAGGUUACUUCGAGGACAGGAGGCCGGCUUCCAACAUGGAUCCCUACGUGGUGACCUCCAUGGUUGCCGAGACCACCAUCCUCUGGAAGCCAACCUAA